UUCAUUAAACUACAUUUCUCUAUCGGUAAAAUCAACAGCUAACCCCACAGAGAUUGCAUCGUUAUCGUUGUUAUAUUUUUACAAAUAAUUUACAUUCUUUUGCAUUACAUAUUAACAACUGUAAUUUACACAUAUACAAAUAUUAGUGACUAGCAAUUCGUUAAAAUAUCUACAGCAUUGAUAAAGACUGUGCAACGGUAGCAAUGGAUACAUUGGAACUAAAGCAAAGCCUAACUGGACACAGAGGCAGAGUAUGGAGUGUUUGCUGGCACCCUAAGGGUGCUUAUUUAGCUUCUUGCGGCGAAGAUAAAAAAAUUAUAAUUUCGGGAUUAGAGGGGCUUAAAUGGGUUACAAUGAUCCUCACCGAAGGACAUUCUAGAACCAUUAGAGAAUUAGCUUGGUCCCCCUGUGGUAAUUACAUUGCAUCCGCAAGCUUUGAUGCCACUACAGCGAUAUGGGAUAAAUCAGGACAGUUUGAAUGUAACGCGACAUUAGAAGGGCAUGAAAACGAAGUGAAGAGCGUUAGUUGGUCAAUCUCUGGUCAAAUACUCGCCACAUGUAGUCGUGACAAAUCAGUGUGGGUAUGGGAAGUGAACGAUGAUGAAUACGAGUGUGCCGCUGUUAUUAAUGCUCAUACUCAAGAUGUAAAAAAGGUAAGAUGGCAUCCACAUGAAGAAAUUUUGGCUUCUGCCAGCUAUGAUAAUACAGUGAAGAUAUUUAAAGAAGAUGCAGCUGAUAGUGACUGGUCGUGUGUCUCAACCUUAUCAUCUCACAGUUCUACAGUAUGGAGUCUUUCAUGGGAUAAAACUGGUAAUCGAAUAGCAACCUGCAGUGAUGAUAAAACGGUAAAGAUAUGGCGAGAAUAUAAACCAGGAAACGAAACAGGCAUUCCUACACCGAACAACGAAUCUGUCUGGAAAUGUAUUUGUACACUAUCAGGCUAUCAUACAAGAACUAUUUACGACAUCGACUGGUGCAAGACUACAGGUUUAUUAGUGACGGCAUGUGGCGACGACAUAAUUAGGAUAUUUAAGGAGGAUAAUGACUGUGAUUCACAUCAACCAAAUUUUACAAUGAUCUGUUCAAUGGACAAUGCACAUGCUCAAGAUGUUAACUGUGUUCAAUGGAAUCCUACAGUCCCUGGACAAUUUGCUUCUGCGAGUGAUGAUAGUUUAGUGAAAAUAUGGUCUUACAACCACAAAGAAUAAAACUGUAAAAAUAUAGUUUAUGCAAUUUUAUUUUUAUUUUUUUUUUUCAUUUAAAU